GGAAAGGGCGGAUGUGCCGGGCUCAAGGUGGAAGCGAACACCUGGGCGUCCGCGUCCGAAGGGCCGGCGCUAGGACCCGAGCGGCGCACCUGUUGGCUGGCGCCCCGGGCCCCGCCCGCCACCCCGAGCGCCCGGCCCGGCGUGAGCUGAGGGCACCAGGCGGCGGCGGCGGCCCCGGGAGCAUCAUGGCCGAGCUGCUCUGGAGGCUGCAGGAUUCCCAGCUCGUCGCCCGCUUCCAGCGCAGCUGCGGGCUCUUCCCCGCGCCGGAUGAAGGCCCCGGCGAGAACUGCGCGGGCCCCGCGGAGGGCGCGGCGCGGUCGCCGGGGCUCGGGCAUCUCCCCGUGGCCAGAGGCAAGGGCGCCGGGGAGCCGGCCAAUGGGCUGCGGAGAGUCGCGGCCCCGCAGGCUUAUGUACAGAAGUACAUUGUGAAGAAUUAUUUCUACUAUUACCUAUUCAGAUUUUCAGCUGGUUUGGGACAGGAAGUGUUCUACAUCACAUUCCUUCCAUUCGCUCACUGGAAUAUUGACCCUUAUUUGUCCAGAAGACUGACCAUCAUAUGGGUUUUGGUGAUGUAUGUCGGCCAGGUGGCCAAGGAUAUCUUGAAGUGGCCCCGCCCCUUCUCCCCUCCUGUCGUGAAACUGGAGAAAAGAGUGACUGCUGAAUAUGGGAUGCCUUCCACCCACUCCAUGGCAGCCACGGCCAUCUCCUUCACCUUCCUCAUCUCUACCGUGGACAGAUACCAGUAUCCCUUUGUUUUGGGACUGACGAUGGCUGUGAUGUUUUCCACGUUGGUGGGUCUCAGCAGACUUUACACUGGGAUGCACACGGUCCUGGAUGUGCUGGGUGGCGUCCUGGUCACCGCUGUCCUCAUCGUCCUCACCUACCCUGCCUGGACCCUCAUCGAUCGUCUGGACUCAGCCAGCCCCCUCUUCCCUGUGUGUGUCUUAGUGGUGCCGUUCUUCUUGUGCUACAACUUCCCCUCGUCUGAUUACUACAGCCCCACCAGAGCGGACACCACCACCAUUAUGGCCGCCGGGGCUGGGGUGACCAUAGGAUUCUGGAUCAACCAUUUUUUCCAGCUCGUGUCCAAGCCCACGGAACCUCUCCCUGUUAUUCAGAACAUCCCACCGCUCACCAGGGACCUGUUAGUUUUGGGUUUGAGCAAAUUUACGGUGGGAAUUGUGCUGAUCCUCCUGGUUCGUCAGCUUGUACAAAAUCUCUCCCUGCAAGUGUUAUACUCCUGGUUCAAGGUGGUCACCAGAAACAAGGAGGCCAGGCGGAGACUGGAGAUAGAAGUGCCUUACAAGUUUGUCACCUACACGUCUGUCGGCAUCUGUGCUACCACCUUCGUGCCAAUGCUGCACAGAUUUCUGGGAUUACUCUGAGACAAACGGUCGGAAAUUAGCUCACUGAACAUGAGAGCAAGAUAUCAAAAAGUUGUUGAGUGGGAAAGUUUUGACAACACAUUUUUCUUUAAAAAAAAAAAAAAGUUCCUUAAGUCACAUGUCUGUUUUCCUGAUAUCUGAGAUGAAUGUUGCUGCUGUAUGGAAGGAAAAAUGGUCUCUCGGGGAUCCCUAGCCUGUAAAGGUCAUGUUACAGGUGAAGCCAGUCUAAACCCACAGUUGAGUGGUUUAGGGGUGCCCCACCCUUCUGUUACGUGGACUCUGGACCAGUCCUGGGCUGGCAGGAAUCAUGGCUGGCUUAGAAACGGCCACGAGCCCCCCUGGGUUCCAGAGAGCCCAAAGAGAGGGGCGUGACCCGGGAGGCUGGAUGCUGGGCGUUGCUUUCCUGCUGUGACCUUGCCCAGAACUGCAUCUUGUUUCCAAAAUGGGAAUGUUGGUCCGAGAGAAAGGGCGGCGCCAUGUAAAACUGCGUUCCUUGGGCAGGGUGACUUUCUUGUUAUGAUCACAUUAGACCACGCCUGCUUGCAGGGAAAGAGCGCUGUCAACCUCGCUGGGAAGAAAGGCAGGGGCCAGGUCACCUGCAAGAGCCUGCUCUUCUUAUGCGUCCUGGUCUCUGUUGGGUGCAUAUGGAACAGGGAUCCGCUCCUCCUUGUUUGUACACUUUGCAGGAUUCCAGGUGCCAUUUCUGUCCUCCUCUGACCCGUGAACCCAACUGGCUGCUGCUUCCAUCUCACUUCAUCUGGGCUCCUCUGAGUGUUCUGCCCUUUCCUGCGUCAGAGUGACUUGGGGCAAGCCCUCUGCCAUUCUUCAGCCUUUUUGCUUCCUUACAAACUGGGAAGGCAGUGUCGUCUGCCUGUGAAAGUGGAUCACAGCCUUCCUGGGGCCUGACAGAGAGAACAGGCCUCCCUCCCGGAUACUGUUUCUCCAUUUCUUAGUUACUUUUCAUAAAUCUGUUUUCUCAUCGGCUAAAUAGAAUUGGGGGCUCCGUUUCCAUUUCCCACCUCUCAUCUCUUGGCAAUUUUAAGGGUAAUUAAUGCAAGAACAACGUCAGCCUCUCUUAGGAAAACAAGCCAACCAAACACAACACCCUUUAAAUCUCAGGAGAGUCCUUAGAUUUAGGAAGGUGGUCAUCAGGCAGACAACCCCCUGCAGGGGUUCCUCUUCAGUUCUUAAGAAUGAGGAGGCACAGGUAUCAACAAUGUUUUUAAAAGUGAGUGUCAACCUGUGGUUAACAAAGUGUCUUUUGCCUGUAGUGCUGGGAGUCGCUGAAGCCAGUGGUUUCUAACCCUCCUGCAUCGUCACCAUGCACACACACACUCUGGGGGAAGUUAGCCUGCCUGGAGGGUUAGGCUCUUACCUCUGCAUCCAGUGUGAAAACUGAACACCUGUUCGUCCUGAUAUCAAAUACACACCCUGGCCUUUUGGUCGCAGUGAUCUUUGGUGUUUGACUUAAUGCUCCAGUUUCUUGAGAAGAAUAAUUGUUAGUAUGACAUCCUGUUUUUGCUUCAAAUCCUUCUGACAUUUUUCAGUGAGAAGGCAGGGGUCAAAAUGACCUGCCUUUUGCCUGUUUUUAUGUCGUACUCUGAACACUCUUUGUAGCACCGUGAUGGGGAGAUGCCCCAGCUCACAGGCACCCGCACCCUAGGCCACCCCACAAUGCAGUGCACGGGGCACUUCCCUGUACCUCCAUCCCCGCAGUCUGCCAAACCCAAGGUCACAGCACUGGGUAAUAUUUACUCAAAAUGAUUUUAGUUGAUUUCUCUGAAGCCAACUGGCAAAAGGAUCAGCUUUUUCCACUUGUAUCGUUUGAGAAGAAGGGCCAUCAUUAUUGUCACAGCAGUGGGUGUGGGCGAGUCAUUUGUGUGUGUGUAAAUUUUACUGCUGUCGCUUUUGUUUUAAGUCCCAACAAUAGAUUGCGCGAUCAGCUGCAUUACGGAUUUAAGGCUGUAUUUACACAAUUUGGAUUGAGGAUGAAUAUGUUAGCCAUAGCUCAUUAAAGAGGGACCCAUAGAUUUGUCAUGGUUGAUCACUUUUUAAAGUCUCUUGUUACAGCAACUGAAGGAUAAAAAGUAUAUAUUGGUGAGGCCCAGCAUAGUUUUUGAGCACUAUGGCUCUGUGGCCUAGAGUCAGGCAGAAACUGAUCAGAAAAGUCAUUACUUCAUUCAGCCUGCAGCUUGGCCAGCCCUCCUCAUUCACUUCACACAGUGCUUCACUCUGUUAGACCCUCACAGCCUCUCAGUCUCUCACACACACACACACACACACCCCCACACCCACACACCCAUACCCACACCCCCCCCCCUUGCCCCUUCAAAGACCACGCCAUCCGUCUCUGACCUUUGGAUUUUCUCUCUGGGGAAAGACUGCCCCCUGCUGGCUUAGCCUCAGCCUUGGUCCAGAGCCUCUCCCUUGAGGAGUCUUGGAGGUGAAGCUUCAAAAUCCAGCUCACUGUGAUGUGUCCAAUCUAAGCUUAGGACGUGUGGUCUGGCCAGUUCUGCAUUUGGGAACGGUGACACCGAAGCCCUCGGGGUCAUUGGCCCCUCCAGGUAGAAUGGCAUGUCUUUUUCCUGACUGUCCUCCUCCCACUCCCAGCCCACCACCUCUUUGGACCAGGCCAUCCAUCCUGUGACUGUCAUUCUAAACAGGCAUCAUUUCAGGCCAGUUUUGCUCAGACUUGCACCAUAACAGAAUAUGCAGAAGAAAAAAAUGCAGAAGAGACCAUGAAAUAAAAAACUCUAUGAACAGCUGAAAUCACCCCUCAACGUGCCGGCAAAUUGCACUGCAACGCAGGAUUUUCUUGUCCAAAUAGGCGACGCAUGCUUUCUGAGUGUAACCAAAGCAUGUGGUGCUUCAGGGCCAUAUGCUCCUGGUUUCUAUUUUGGAACCUUUCAGCUGUCUUGCUUAUGUCCGUAUGUAAAUGUAUUCUUUUAAAAAUCACUUUUGUUUAUGAUUUAUUAAAUGCUUUUA